GUGACUAAGUAGUUUGACUUGAUUUGCGGCCAUUUUGUAUUGUACGCGCAUAAUUGAAUGGCGUUCAUCAUUUAGUUUAUCGUGCCAGUUUUAUAAUUGUGUUAUUUUUUUAUGUUAAUAUAAAAUAUAUAGUUCUGCAGUGCUAUUAAUAUAAUGGGUCGUGGCAGGGAUCGCAGUCGUGAUAGGCGUCGUAGCCGCAGUAGGAGUCGAAGUAGAAGUCGCAGUCGAAGCCCUCGUUAUGGCCUUGGUUCCGGUGGAGGUUACGGUGGAGGAGGCGGUGGCGGUCGAAGAAGCAAUCCAGGAGCAAAUCUUAGAAAGCCCAAAUGGGAUCUCAGUAGAUUAAAACCUUUCAAAAAAGACUUUUACGUACCACAUCCUGAAGUGGAAAAAAGGCCAGAUUCAGAAGUAGAGGCGUGGAGAAGUGAUAAUGAAAUAACUCUAAAAGGACGUAAUAUUCCUAAACCUACAAUGACUUUUGAAGAAGCUGGAUUCCCAAGCUAUGUUAUGGAUGAAAUCGACAAGAUGGGAUUUUCAAAACCUACACCAAUUCAGGCUCAAGGGUGGCCAAUAGCAUUGAGUGGUUAUGAUAUGGUGGGAAUUGCAUCAACUGGAUCUGGUAAAACACUUUCAUAUAUUUUACCAGCUAUUGUCCAUAUCAAUAAUCAGCCAAAAUCAAGCAGAGGAGAUGGUCCUAUUGCAUUAGUAUUAGCUCCUACUAGGGAAUUAGCACAGCAAAUUCAAGAAGUUUGUGACAAAUUUGCAAAUACAUCAAAGAUUCACAACACUUGUCUCUUUGGAGGGGCUCCUAAAGGACCUCAGGCUCGUGAUCUGGAUGCUGGUGUUGAAAUUGUUAUUGCCACUCCAGGUCGUUUGUUGGAUUUCUUAGAGAGUUCACGAACCAACUUGAAGAGAACAACAUACUUAGUGUUAGACGAGGCUGAUAGGAUGUUAGAUAUGGGUUUUGAACCUCAAAUAAGAAAAAUCAUUGAGCAAAUCCGACCUGACAGGCAAACACUCAUGUGGUCAGCUACAUGGCCAAGAGAAGUGCAAAGUUUGGCCUCAGAAUUCUUGAAAGAUUACCUUCAGAUCAAUGUUGGUUCUCUGCAAUUAGCUGCUAAUCAUAAUAUUUUACAAAUUAUUGAUGUGUGUAUGGAAUAUGAAAAGGAGACUAAAUUGAGUACUCUUCUCAAAGAAAUAAUGGCAGAGAAAGAAAACAAAACAAUAAUUUUCAUUGAGACCAAAAGACGAGUUGAUGAUAUAACAAGAAAAAUGAAACGAGAUGGGUGGCCAGCAGUAUGUAUACAUGGGGAUAAAUCUCAAAAUGAACGUGAUUGGGUUUUGCAAGAUUUUCGAAGUGGAAAAGCGCCAAUUCUUGUAGCUACAGAUGUCGCCGCUCGAGGUCUAGAUGUUGACGAUGUGAAAUUUGUUAUUAAUUUUGAUUAUCCCAGUAACUCUGAGGAUUAUGUACAUCGUAUUGGAAGAACUGGGCGUACAAAUAAAACUGGUACUGCCUACACAUUUUUCACCCCUUCAAACGCUGCUAAGGCUGCUGAUCUUGUAUCAGUUUUAAAAGAAGCCAAGCAAGUCGUAAAUCCGAAAUUGCAGGAGCUUGCAGAACGCGGAGGUGGUGGCGGACGACGUCACCGUGGACGGGGAGGAAGGUAUCGUCGCGGACGUCGCUCACGCUCCCGUUCUCGUUCGCGGGACCGUGACCGUGACCGCGAUCGUGAUCGCGACCGCCGACGUCGCUCCCGCUCGCGGACCCGUUCUCGAGACCGUCGUCGUCGCAGACACAGCUCGUCCAGAUCCUCAAGAAGCAAAUCAUCAAGAUCCUCGAGAAGUCAUUCGCGCUCCCGUUCCCGCUCGCGUAGCCGUUCUCGUUCAGGCAAGUGCAGCCCUAUGAAGGAUGCUACGAAUACAGGGCCUCAGACGACCUCUCAACCUCUUUUGCCCACGCCAAAGUCGCUGCUACCUACUCCUAUUGGUCCACAACUCCCACCUUCUCAUAAUGACAAAUCAAAUGGAAAAGGUCCAUCCACUCCUCCUGUAAAUAAUACCGAACUUCAUUCUAAGAGAGAAAUAACUUCUCAAGAUAACACUAAUCAUGCAGAUAAUGCAGACUUCCAACAACAACAGCCACAGAUUCCACCUUUAAUGGCUAUAAAUCCCCAAAUGAAUAUGUGUGUUCCCCCACCAAUGAAUGGUACAGGCUUUGUCAUGCCUCCAUAUUUUCCUGCUGAUCAAUAUGGUAUGAUGAUGCCUUCUUUUUCUGGGCCCAUGCUUGGAGGAUGGUCAGCCCCACCACCUCCUCCUCCCCCUCCACCUCCUGAAUCUGGUAGCGCGACUCAUGGGCAACGUGGCUCGGGAGAAAGUGGUCUCGAGUCAGAUUCCAGGAAGCGAGGCCCUCGUAGUGGAGGGCUUGGCGCAUCCAGUUACGGCUCAGGCGGAGGCCUGGGUUCCGGCGGUGGUCUCGGCUCCAGUACCGGCCUUGGCUCUAGUGGAGGCCUUGGUACGAGCGGGGGCCUCGGCUCUGGCGGAGGUCUCGGUUCAGGUGGAGGCCUCGGUUCAGGCGGUGGCCUCGGCUCCGAGGGUGGCCUGGGCUCGGACGCCGGCCACUCCGGGUCUCGCUCGAGAGGCCGAGAUAGGCGUCGUCGUGGAAGAGGACGAGAUCGUGAUGACUAUGACUCGGAGACUCCGAGUAGUGGUGGUCUUGGGUCUCAAGGACUCGGAGGCCUCGACGGCGGCGGACUGGGUUCAGCGCCCGGUCAUGGAUUUGCCUCUGGCGGUCUCGGAGUACCUCACGGGGGCCUAUUGCCGCGCAUGCUUCCCCAGAACGGUGGCGACUACGUAGGAUCACAAGCCGCCAACUUCACUGCUUUUGGCUCAUAUGGAUCUAAGAACAAUCAAAGAAAUAAUGAACAAGAACAGUUUUCAAAUGAGAAUUAUAGUGAUGCUGGAUAUAAAAAUGUUAUGGAUUAUUAUGGCCCUCAGAAUAUGGGUCCAGGCAGACCAUUUGGAGUUGGUUUAGAUCAAUCUGGUCUAAAUGGUGCGCAGGCAAAUGGCUCCGUGGGGUACAAUUAUGACCGCCAGAGGAAUCACCAGCGGUGAAUAGGAAUGAGAAAAUGGAUACAAUGGGGAUUCGCGUCGACGCAGGAGGCGAUGAGCAGAAAAUCUAAACAACGGAGAUCAAAAAUACUAUAGUUUUAGAAUUGAGAUUUUAAAAUCCAUUCCAAGUAUGUAUUUAAUUCAAUUUUAUUGUCGUAAUAUUGACAAAGAGUAUAUGCAACAAGGCAUAUGGUCAAUUCUUUCUUUCACUUUCUUACAUCUAUGUUUUACUACGAUAUUUACUGAUGUAUGAAUAUAUAUUCUUAAUUAUUUAUCUGUGUUCCGCAUUUCUCAUGGUUAACCCUUUUGGAUUUUAAUUUAAAAUUAUUUUUAUUACAUAUGUUAUAUUGUAUCCACAUUGAAUUAUAAGUUGAAAUAUUGAGUAUGAUUAAGAAUAUGUCACAUUCGUUACUUUAUAAGUAAUAAGAACAACAGUUGAUUUGUACAAUAUACGUACAAGUUAGUUAUAAAAAUAAUUAUUUUAACUUAUAUUGGGUCUACUGUGAAAUGUCAAUAUCAGGAACAUUUGUACCAGUUCUAAUUUUAAUAGUAAGCAAUGAGUUUUAUUUAAUAGUACUGGGUUUAAUUUAAAAGCUGAUUUGAAUAUUUCAUUUUAUGUAAGGUAAUUUUAUAAUCGCUCCAAAUAAAAAAGUAAUGAAAUCCCUGUUAUUUUAAUAAUGGUAAUAUAUAAUAUUAUUACUGAUACAAAUUUAUUCCUGGAGAGGCUCUUACAACUAUUCUGUGAAGUAAUGUUGAACAAUGGGAUGGGAAAUAUUUUCCUUAUGUUUAGUAAGCCCAAUAUCAGAUGCAUUGAGGUAUGAUCAUCUGUGACUGCUUUUUUGACAUGUCCAUCAGUGACUGAUAAAUAGAAAAUGAAAAAGCAUUUUAUCGCUGGAUACCUGGCAUUGUAUAUCACUGUCGGGUAUGCAAUGCUUAGUUAUUGGCAUAACUAAUAGAAGAAAAUAUGAAUACAAAAUUUAUUCAAAAACUAAUAUUGUCUACUUACAUAGUGUAUUUUCUUUUAAUGAGUUCUAUUAUCCAGUAGAAAAAAUAAUUUUUCAUAAAUCUAAUUAUGCAGUACUAGUUUUUAUCAAAAUUGACACUCAAGACGUUCUUUCAGCCUUUUAAAUUAAAAAAAAAAAAAAAAAAUUGUCUGUACUAUAUUUUGUUGUUCUCAAACUCAAAACAUUAUGUUAAAACUAUAAAUUUUACCUUUGUAUAUACAAAUAUCCUUGGAUUUUAAAUAGGCGUAUUUAGGAUGGGCGGUGUACACCUUAGGAUGUGAGCGAAGCUUCAAAUAAAACGUAUCUGAGAGUUCAUAUACCUAUGUCUAGUACAGUACAAAAUAAUCCUAAAUACGCCAAUGAGAUUAUAUAGAUAGAGUGUCUCCAUACAAAUGCUACACCAAAAUAGAUAAACUUUUUACCUGUGUGUGGGUGAAUAGGGGUAAUAUAAUGUACAUUUAUUACUCAGUAUAAAAAAAAUUAUAUAUAAGGUUAAAUUGAAAAAUAAAAACGUUGCAACAUUCUUACGAAUAUAUUUGAAAAAACAAGAUAAACAGUGCAGUCAUUCGUAAUGAUGCUUAUCUUGAUUCUUUUAUUUAUGUCUGAAUGUAGACAUAAAAAUACAUUUCCUUUUUUAAAUCAUUGAAAGUGUAAAUUUUAUCUUUGUGUGUAUAAUUCAAUUAAUUCAUUAAUACUGCUUUUAGCAUUAAGUCCACCUUGUACACAUACAUGUACUAAUGAAUAAAGUAAAUAAUAAAAUUGCCGCCAUUUUAAUUAAUAUAUGUAUAUAUGAUUUUGACCCGUUUUUAAUACUCGAUGCUAUAUCUAUAUAAUCUAAGACAAUAGUAUACAGUAAACGGGCCAUUUGGAUGCUCCUCGCCCUUAUUUUUCAAAUAUGGAACUAACAAGCUCUAUUGGAAUUCUUUCCGAUAUGGGUAAAACUAUAGGUGAAACCAUGUAAUUGCCUCCAAAAUCCGUCACCAAAUUCCAUCGUAAUCAUAUAGGUACAUUGUUCAUACAAUAGGAUAGUAGGAUGUAAGUACUUUACUUUGACAAAAAUGUAUCUUUUGUAGACAUAAUUAUUAUAUUAUAUUUCAUAAAAACUGGAUACAGAAAACUGAUGCGGUACUUAUGUACAUGCUAUUUUUUGUAAAUUUCAUAUUGUAUUUCAAAAGUAUUACAUAAUAUUCUGCACAGUAAUUUGACUAGCUGCUAAUCUCAUAGAAUAAUAUUGAAAAUAAAGUUUUACAACGAAA